UUCACGGGGGUGGUAACGGAUAUUUUGCAUUUAUUAACAAUUUUAAAUAUUAUGCGUACCCAAAAUUUACGCUUUGAAAUCUUCCAGGUCCACUUUUUGUAUUUAAUUCGCCUUUAUUGAUUCUGUUAACAUAUUGACUAGACUUCCGGAUUUAUUCCUGUGUCACUUAUGUUUCCCAUUUGAAAUUUACGAACACAAAUCUAUUGGAAGGUUUCGUUUCAGAUGCAUAUAUAGUUUUUGUGGGCAAGUAAAAGCGAAACUUACGUAAAUUAAGUAAUCCAUUAAAUUUAUAGUAUCCGUAUUCUAGCGCAAACUUGCUUUGCAAACUGAUUUCAGAAUUAAGAGACAAUGUGCCCCUAAUUUUCAUUUGGAUUAGUUUUUAUUUCCAGAUCCUGGCAAUGGUGCCACCAUCAACGGCAGCUUUAGCUAACGUUCUCGAAAUUAGUACACAAGAAUGCAAGAUAGACCAUGUUAAAGUCCUAGAGGCGAAACCUAAUAUCAAAAAUUCGCAAAAAUCGGCAUCAAGAGGAGAAUAUAAAUGUUUUCUGGGAAGCUUCAAAACCCCUCUUAUAUGGACCAACAUAAUAGGACUGAUUAUUUUACAUUUGGGGGCGAUAUAUGGUCUUACCACACAUGAUUACAUCAACAAGUGGAAAACAGUGAUUUAUGGUUUUAUACUAGGGGGGAUAUCAGGAUUUGGUGUCACGGGUGGUGCCCACAGAUAUUGGACACACAAAUGUUUCAAAGCGAAGCUUCCCCUAAAGAUAAUUCUAUUGGUUUGUUAUUCCGUUGCCGGCCAGAAUACGCUGAAAGAAUGGGUAAGAGACCACAGAGUACAUCACAAAUUUAGCGAGACUGAUGCGGAUCCUCACAAUUCCAAACGUGGCUUCUGGUUUUCGCACGUGGGAUGGUUAUGUAUGAAGAAACACCCUGACGUUUUGAGGAAAGGAAAAACCGUCGACAUGACCGACAUAAUGUCAGAUCCAUUGAUUGCCUUUCAUGUAAGAUACUGGAUGAUCUUUAAGCUAAUAUUCUGUUUCAUCAUUCCGACUUUAAUUCCACCGUAUUUUUGGGGAGAAACCUGGAAAACAGCCAUACUGUGUAACUGUUUUGUCAGAUACUGUUUACUACUAAAUUUUACCUGGUCCGUAAAUAGUUUUGCACAUAUUUGGGGAAACAAGCCCUAUGAAAAAGAUAUCAAACCGGUAGAAAAUAAAUUUGUCUCCUUGGUUGCGAUGGGUGAAGGAUGGCACAACUACCAUCACUCAUUUCCUUGGGAUUACCGUGCCGCCGAAAUGGGAAAAUUUCUGAAUUGCACCACACUUUGGCUGGAUCUUUUCUCAAAAAUCGGAUGGGCUUACGAUCUUAAGACAACAUCGCCGAAACUUAUCAGAACGAUGAUAGAAAAACACGGAGAUGGAAGCCACGAAACGAUGCGGUCCAGAAAAAAAUUAAGUCAUUAG